AUGAACGCUGGGGAGUGCACUCCGUGUAUCACAGAUUGUGUAAAGGCAGAGCUUGAGAAGUUAGGUCAGAAAUAUCGUGUGGCUCUGAGGAUUGCCAAGGAUCCUCGUUUUGAGAGACUACACUGCACUCAUAAAGGAACCUACGCUGAUGACUGUCUCGUUGAAAGGGUUACUCAGCACAAAUGCUACAUUGUUGCUACGUGCGAUCGAGAUUUAAAGCGAAGGAUCCGAAAGAUCCCUGGUGUGCCAAUCAUGUACAUCACUCAACACAAGUAUUCAAUUGAGCGGUUGCCAGAAGCAACAAUUGGUGGAGCUCCAAGAUUUUUAUGAUGGGGAUGUGACCUUUACAAAGCACAGACUAGUUCCACCAUGUGAUGCGAAUCACAUUCUGAGAGACCACCAACAAAAACGUCUGGAUUUUUUUUUUUAUCUUUGAUAGUUCACUUCAUUUUCGAGUUAGGUGAAUUUUCUUUCGGUUAGAACUUGUGAACUUUUUUCAUUCAUACUAUCAUUAAAGAAGAAAUGGAUGUCCGCAUGUAGCAGUAAUGGUAUUUUGUAUUUUUUUUCGUAUUUACUCAUGCA